AUGUCGGAGCAUGUCGGAGCUCGAAAUGCAGGGACAAAGCUGUGCGUUGAUGCUUUGCUGAACGCUACCACCUUGAAGUCGAACUACUAUCUGGACAAAAGCAACGGCAAUAUGGGAUCCCUCGUGUCUUCUGGGCCCCCUAUUAUCGACACAUUACCAGACGAACUCCUUAUCCUGAUAUUCUUCGAGGUACUGGGCGCCUCAGAUUCCACGAACCUACAUAUUGCGAUGUUACUCUCGUAUGUGUGCUCCCGAUGGCGUCGAAUUCUCUUACAACAUCCUUUGUUCUGGGCCUCUAUCACGGUCCCGUCAGUGGCAGAUCUCGGCCGGCUCAGAUUACCGCUCCCUGACCUCUUGGAUCGCUCGGCCAUGAUGCCACUCGAUGUCUGUGUAGCUCCCAAGCUUUACAAAAGCUACGCCGAAAAGGGACACGAUCAUUCGCAGUACUUUUCUGCUUUAGACUACGCUGUCUCUCGCGCUCGUCAUCUUCACUUCGACUUGGGUGAAGCUCACCUCCUCCUCCUCCAUGCCCUGCCCCGUCCUCCUCGUUUCACCCACCUGCUCGACAACUUUUUUCGGUCACGGCCAGACAAGUACUGGCUGUCCGCGCCAUGGCUCGAAGAGCUGACCGUUAGAGUCGCAGCGGAUAGCGGAAAACUCCGAUCUGCUCGCUCCUAUCUUCUGCACGAUAUCCUCUCAAAGCUAGAAGCACCACAGUUGCGAUACUGCGACGUUGAAGGAUUUUGCGUCGGCCCUAGUAUCAGCUUAAGAACCUUCGAGACCUUAACAACAUUAGUUUUGAAGGAUUGCUUUUUAUUUCCAUCGUUCGAAUUCGGGACACAUUUCGUCUGUUUCCCUAAUCUCGAACAUCUCGCGAUACGAUCCCCAAAACUAGAGGGAAUAACAUUCCUGGGCGUACCCACUUCCACCAUUCAGUUUACUUUAUCCCACCUCAAGAUGAUGGAGAUACAAUGUAAUGGAAACGAUCUCGCACUUGUCUCCCGUAUCCUGCACCGCCUAUCCGUACCGCCAACCGCGGUCGUCAUGCUCUUUGUCGCGUCUGAUUCGCUCGAUUUUCCAUCUACAAGGAAAACCCUCAAACGGAUCGCGCGUCACUUUCAUACUUCCCUCGGCAGUGUUCCGACCACACAGAAUGGACACUACACGGUCUACGAUAUCUCCGUAGAUGCCAAUCCGCAGAUAGACGUUCCUCAGAGCAUUUUCUUGCAGUUGUGAGCAUCACUGCUACUUAUACUUUGUUUACUGCCCCGUCGUCCUUGCUUUAUUACCUCUAUCAUGCCACAGAUCCCUGCUAGUGCCACGACGGUUGUUCAGUAAUCAUGAAGUCACUCCCUGAAUCUGAUGCACCAUUAUCGUGGUUCCCUUUGCUAGCACCUUUGUUGAUUUUUUGUACAUUGUCUUAUAUCCCUACUAGUGCUAUAACGUCCGAUCAUAUACAUAGCUUCAUCUUUAGCUAUGCCCUUUCCAAUUGCUUUCCAACGUCGUCUUCGACUCCUUUGUCUUCCUUAUACGGUCCAUCUUCUCGUUCUCUGUACAGUAUAUAACUCCCCACCUCACGUUACCGC